AUGCCUGGGGUGCCAAAGUCUAUGGCCUCACCUAGGUGCGCUUUGAUUACUGGGCUAAGUCGCAACAACAUUGAGGUGCAGAGGAAAAAGACUCUUCCGUUGCCACCAGGGUCUUUCCGGGAGCCACUUAGAAGUGAAUCGAAAAGGAUGUAUUCAUCAGAGGAGGACCCUUUCAUUGCUGCUAUAAUUAAGUGUACUAAAGAUUGUGAUGAUUAUAAGGGUCAGGAUGACAUUAAGAAGAGGUUUGGGAGUAGGGUUUGGACGAGCAAAUCUUUCUUGUCGUCAUGCAAACAUUCUUUUGAUGUGGAAGAGGGUCAUUUGUCGACGAGGCCAUCAAGCUUUGUAGUUCGUGGUUUGUAUCAUAUGCAGCAGCGACGUCGGAGGAAUUAA